AUGUUCAAGUUUGUCCUCCUUUUCUCCUUGAUAACUCUCUCCAUUGCCCUCGAAUGCAAACAGUGCGAGCAGAUUGAAAAGAAUCGCCAUGGGAGCCUCAGAUGCGUUCAUAUCCCACGGUGUUGUCCGGGUAAGAAGCAAAAAAGUUUAUCCUUAGACGAGGGAGAUCUGAUUGAAUUAAUUCGAGACUAAACCAGCAAUUAUUGCUAGUUGCGAGCUUAGGUUGUUUUAUUUCAGGCUCAUUACAAUGCUAGCGGGAAAGCUUGACGUAAAAAAUAAAAUUUCCGUCAAGAAAAUUCAUGGGCCAAGCCCGUUUUUCGUUUGGUCGCACUCCUGCCUUUGUGUGCUCUCUCAAAGACAAGGCCUUUAAUAUCUCGGCUGCCGGUUGUAUUGUAAUGAAAGUGGGGGAUAUAAAACGUUCAGAGAUCAAGUGUGUCCAGCAACCGCAUUCAAAAUAGAGGACAUCUGACGUCUUAUAAAAAUUGUGUUUUUAGCUGGAACUAACAAAAUAUUUUGCGUCGUUCCCCCUUGCCAGGAGAGCAAAGCCUUCAAAUGCGUCCCCAAUUACUGUGAUGGUGACCGUCGAUGCGGCAAGUACGAAUAUAAUGAGGACCUUGACUUGAUUAACCCCUAA